AUGCUCGCAAAGUGCAUCGGCACAGGCAUGUGCUUGACACUGCUGUAUUGUGUGCAGCUUGCCCAAGCUCAAUCAGACGACGAUUCAAAUCAAAACAUUACUGUGCGCUUCUUCCCCGACACUCAACAAGCAGACACAUGCGGCUACGGCAAUUCCAGCAAUGCUCUCACAUUCACAACCCAAGAUAUCCCCAUCAUCAGCAACUGCUUCAAUUUCGCGGACCUCUUUGGCGGCAACGAGACCACCGGGUUUGUAAACCAGACACGAAACUCGGUUGGCAGUUUCCCUAGUGGCUAUGAACCUGGUAUCCAUUGGGAACUUCGCAACAAGGACCUCUUCGACCCCUCGGCAAACUAUUCGAAGGCCUUGUACCGCCAAAGUGUUCCCAAUCCUAGCGAUAAGCUAUACGAGCCUGGCCAUUACGCUGACAGACUUGUCACGGUUUACGGUGGUGCGAACUGUACCGAGCGCGACCCGAACAAUGACGAAGGCUUACUCCCAUGGUAUGGAUGGGCAUGUUGGAGUGAGGGAGAAGGUAGUUGUGGGACUUUGCCGUACAAUGUCGUGAGUUUCAGGAUUUCACCCGGUUUUGACAAGGAAAACAGCAAGGGCAAAUGUUGGGACUUCGCAGAAUAUGGUGCUGCUACUUUAUACCUUCCCUCUCUGCGGACUGUGGUUGCUGCAUUUGCUGGUGUACUUGUGGUCGUUUCGUUGGCUGUGUGA